UGGCUUUUUGGAGUGGUUUUCAAUUAUUGGAGUGGAUCUUGAUUGUUCUCCUUUCGGAUUUAGCGGAUCUUCUCCGCCCGCCUUAUAGGAGCACGUAGAAUUAAGCAAGUUGAAUCCGUGCGCGAAGAGUAGGGAUAGGAAAGAAACGGCAGCUCGCGCCUCGCGCUCUCUGGCUGGCAGACGGCAGUGUUUGUGUCGGGUCGGAGCAGCGCAGAACGACGGAAAAACGGAGAAAAAUAGCGAGUCGUCGCGCAGUAACGUCAGUGCCUGCAGCAGAGGGACGAUCGCCUCCAGCUCCCCUUUGUCGAGCCAGUGCCGCUAAUCUACGUACAAGAGCGAAGAGAGAGAAGGAGCGAGUUGAGAGGAACUGCAGGGAGAGGAGAGCGCGAAAUGAAGACGCAAUAGAGUGAGAGAGAGAGAGAGAGAGAGAGAGAGAGAGAGAGGAACGCUCCGUGUCCGCUGCUGCAGCGCUGGGGAUCGACGGCUGCAGCUGAGAGGAGGUGGACAUCGUGUUGGCUUUACAUGAGAGAGGCCUUCAAGCACAAUGUCAGCGGAUUCACCAAGAAGGGCUGGUGGGCACAAGAAUGCCCAGGUGGUAUUGCCCCAGCCCAUCAGCGAUAAGUCCAUCAUCGACAGCAUGGCUGGGAUCAUCAAUGAUAUAGUGCCACAGGCUUACAGCAGCAGUUCUCCAAACUCAGACAACAGGGAGGCCAUAACAUGGGCCAGAUUUGAGUAUGCAGAUGUCAAUGAUCCUGCCUUCUUCCCUGAUUACAAUGAGGGAUCCAGAAUACCUCCAUUGUUACUGGUCCUGGGUUACACUACUGGAGUGCAGGUAUGGCUUAUUGCAGCCUCGGGCGAAGCGACGGAAGUUCUAUCUUGGCGACAGGGUAUGGUGCGCACCCUGCGCAUUUUACCAAGUCCAAGGUGCGGCGAGCGCGAGCGGGAGGAUCCGUUUAAGGUGAAGCGACCGAUGGUAGCGAUCUGCGACUCUGCGGGGCCCGGGCCCCAAUUCUGUAGCGUCAGCUUCAUAUCGCUCAAGACUGGCGAACAGGUCAAGAGCAUCAAGUUCAAGAGUCCGGUCUGCGAUGUUCUCGCCAACAAGCGCUCGAUCGUCGUCACCUUUCCCGAGAGGAUCGCGGUGUUUGAUGCCAAGACUCUCGAGGAUGUGCUGACGAUCACCACUUGUUACUUUAGCCCAGGACCCAAUCCCAACCCUGUUGCUCUAGGGACCAGGUGGUUGGCUUAUGGUGAGAAGAAGCUGGUCCCAGGUCGCAGAAGCAGUGGCGGGAGCGAGGGCGAGGGAGUCUCCAGUUACACGGCGACGGUUCUAUACGCUGCCAAGUCUCUGGGUAAAGGUCUUCGUGGGCUUGGCGAGACGGUGGCUUCGAGUCUCACAGGCAACUCUGUCUCGCCUAUGACCGCGUUGAAUAACAGCAACUCCACAGACUCUUCGCAGCCGGGUGUCGUGUCGAUCCUCGAUCUGCAAGCCGCUAAAGAGGAAAAGGAGAUAGAUGAUGGCAGUAUUGAGACUUUUGUGGCACACUUUACCGCGCACAGCGAAGCUAUCGUGGCCAUGACCUUCGAUCAGACCGGCGCGUUGUUGAUGACGGCGGAUAAGCGAGGGCACGAUUUUCACGUGUUCAGAAUACAACCUCAUCCAGUUGGACCAAGUCUAGCAGCAGUGUACCACCUGUAUGUUCUCCAUCGGGGUGACACGACCGCCAAGGUUCAGGACAUGACGUUUUCGUGCGAUGCCCGCUGGGCAGCUGUUUCCACUGUCCGCGGUACCACUCACGUCUUUCCUGUAGCCCCAUAUGGUGGCCCUGUAGGUGUUCGCACCCACUCCUUACCCCAUGUAGUCAACCGUAUGUCCAGGUUUCACAAGAGCGCCGGAUUAACGGAUGACGGGGCGCGCUCCCAUUCACCUGUUUCACACGCUGAGCCGACGCUCUUUGUUUAUCCCUACACAAACCCUCGACUACCCCCGUAUCCGCAUCCGACUAUCUUGCAUCCGCUAGCUCAAAUCAGGCAGCCGUCGAGCUUAAACCAUACCAGCAGCCAACCACAACCAAGAGUACAACAAAGACAACGCCUUCAUUCGGAUGAUAGCGUAACUCUGCCGUUAAAAAUAUGCGCCUGCUUUGCACCACCUCGCGCUUGGAUCUACGCACAACGAGACACCGCUAAUAAAUUGACGAAACGAGCCGUUGACUCCCUCUACAUCAUGGCUUGCCACGGUAACAUGAUUCAAUAUGAUUUGGAUCCCAAACCUGCUGCCGGUGUGCCUAAAGAAAAAAUAUGUGACAAGACGCCGAUUGAACUGGAAGUUGAAGCCAAGGGUCAGUGGCCGUUGUUGAGAACGACGAGCUCUUCAGAUAUCGUUCCCCCGUUGCCACCGUCCAGUCUACUACUCGGAAUCCCAAUGACUCCGUCGAACGAUCAAGAUGUGAACAGCAACGAAAGUCGAUGGCUUAGCCAAGUCGAGAUCUUUACCCACGUUGGACCUCCUCGCCGACUGUGGAUGGGACCUCAGUUUGUUUUCAAGACCUAUAACGCACCUAGCGGAGUGGCAGCUAAUCUAGUAGAAGCAGAAACCGUGGAGGUAGGAAUAGCGAGUGGUUCGCGACCAGCUAGGUCCAAUCCUGUGAAUAUGCCGCACACGGCAAGCAGGCCACUGGUACCCGUAGUUAUCGAUGGUUCCGGAAGCAGUUAUGAGCAGUCACCAAGAUUCGUAGAGGCUUAUGGAGAUGCUUGGGAUCAUGAGCAAGUCGGUGUGAUCUGUAGCGGCGAAAACCAGCUGCGGGAGGAUCUCGCUGAGGCGAUGCUCGAAACCUCUUCAACACCCCAUCGAGUUACAGGGAGACGCUUGGUAGUUGAGAGGGUGGGUCACCCGGUAGCUAAGGUCGUCAACCCCUUGGGCACCGUGAUAACUGUCUCUGCGGACGAAGAAGAGGCAUCCUCGUCACCCCUGACCAGCUCGCAGGACAACGACGAGUUCGACGAACCUACUUCGCUUCUGGGCACCACCUCUUCGGCCCCGUCGAUCUGCGCGCAGGAAGGCAAGGCGGGAUUGCGCAGCGACUGUUGCGACGACGAGGGUCAGACGUUGCGGGAACAUACUGAGAUCUGCGCAGAGAUGCGAUCGGCCAACGAGCCCGCGAUCAUCGACAGCGUUCCAGAUGAGAAUAUUGAGGAUGUCAAGGAACGGAGAAGUCUCUGUGCCGAGGCGGCUAGUGCUGCCAAUUGCAGCACCGUAGAUCUAGAUAGAGUUGGUGCUUUCAAAGACGUACCCAGUAGUCCAAGCCUAUGCGCGGAGCGAGGAGCUGUACCGGAUUGCAGCAAUGUGGUCCAGCCGCCGCCUGCAAGGGUCAAGAGUGUGCUGCUGAGUUCUGCUGCAGCCGCCGCCGCUGCAGCCGCUGCCGAGGAAGCAAAGAACGCGCUGGGAAGAGAGCUGGGCUACCAGUUGGUGGAAGGAAGUAGCAGUAAAGCUGAUCUAUCAGAUGACGAUCUAGAGCACAUCAAUAAGGAAGAGCUGAUAGUGGUUACUCCUAAGGUGACGACGAAGAAACCAGCUGGAGGUAGCAGUGUUCUGUCUUCCGACGAUGAUCUGGUACACGUGCUGCACUGCGAUAUUCCCGAGAGCGAGAAGCGCAAAAACAGCAGCGGCAGUACUAGCGGCAACGGACGCAAGCGCAGCAAGGAAAAGCAGCAGCAACAAGAAGUUGACCUGCCACAGCCAACACCUCCUGCUCCUGUGAUUCUCGCUCCGGAGAUCGCCAAAGAAACUAAGUGCUUCAAGGAGGCAAAGGCGAAAUCGCCUAUGCCGGAAGCAAAAUCUGAGCCUGUUCAGCAGAGCUACUCCAAAAAGACGCGGAUCCGCUCGAAGCGAAGCUCUUUAGCCAGUACCGCCAGUGAUAUGGUUGAAAUCAUCAACAUGGAUGCGGUAGUGGCACCUCCGCCACCUGUACCUCCGGUACGCGAGCCUUCGCCCUUGCCAUCUCCGCCACCUUUGCUGUCUCCUUCGCCGCUACCAUCACCUCCACUGUUAGAGCAGUCGGUGUCGGUCGAAGAUGAAUCCUUAAGCCUACCGGACAUGGUGGAGAUCAUAGACAUAGAUGCAAUGGAGCGUGCGGAGAAAAGCAGCGGUUGCUUUGCCAAUGUUCCCGAGCCCAAUUGCCAGAUUCUUGUAGCAGCGCCAGAGUUCGUGAAGAAGAAGUCCAAGAGAAACAAAAAGCAGGCACAGCAGCUACCUCCACCACCGCCGACGGUUCAGCAACAACAGUUACUGGAUAGCCUCGAGCAGUGCGAGACUGCCUGUGGGCUGUUGGAUAAAGAGGCUGCGGAUAAGGAGGUAGAGGAGGUGUGCCAGCAGACUGUUAACUCUUCUUGGAGCUCGAUCGUGAGACGCAGGAGCGUAAGUAUUCCGAAGACGGACGAAAUCGAAUCCAAGCCGCUGUACGAGGUGGAAAGCGUAGAGUAUGACGAGGAGGACGCCAACAAGGAAAACGUUGAUGUAAGCAAAAACAGCACGGACGAAAUUAACGUUGUCUUCAAAGUCAAUCUCACUCCGAAAAAGGCUGACUCUGAGGGGCCUUCCGAAGAGUUCGUGAAAGAACCAUUUCUGCUAGACGAGGAAUUUGAGAAGAAGAGCGACUCCGAGCAGGAGACGAACGGCGUUUUAGUCGAGCGUUCUAGCUCCUCUGACGAGAUCAAUACGGGCAUUGGCACCUCAAACCUCGUAGUACCCAUGGAUACGGAGGAAGAGAAUCGCGAGCCUUUCGUUAGCGCGCUCACCGAGAAAAAUAGUACUAGCGGUGCAGCCUCGAUGCUGUCGCAAGUCUCCGCAGCGCUGCCUUCCAAGAAAGCCAGCCGAUCCAAAAAGAAAAAGCGCAGAUGAGUAGAGGACUGUGUCGACGUACCCGGAGCUGGCCUCGCCCUCUACAUUCUCUUUAUGCAGGUAACCGGAGCGGAUUAGCAGGAGGAGGAUGGAGGAAGAGGCUGCACUUUGAUGUGGGGCAUCUGAGAAAGGCGGUUACGAGGAAAGUGCGGACGCUUUUGUGGCUAAAAUUGGCUGUUAAAUUAGAUAUUUUAUAAAUCGUUAAUAUUUUAUGGUUGUGCGUUGAAAAUCAUUAGAAUUAAUUUGCAAAUAAUAGUAUGAAGAUCUUGUAUUUCCUCAAUAUUAUCGGAACCAUACAUAUUUUUUAUAUCUGAAAUAGUCGCUAUGAACGAAAUUGAUGUUAUAAAUAUAGCAUUGUAUCAAUCAUGUCGUGUAAUAAAUUAAUAACGUUUCAUUUAUAAAAAAGGCAGAUUUUCAACGCACAACCUUCGAAAUACAAACACAAAAACGUCCGUAACGAACAUUAACGAAUUUCGAGAUUCUUUAAUCCCUCGCGUCUAUUGUCUUAUAUCGUUGUCGCUGCAGGUAAGGCUGAUGCGUGUAAAUAAAAAAAAGGCAUUCGACACAAAAGCUGCGAGCCGCUGUGAAACGAGAAUGUGCAUUUUCGUGACGAAGAUAUCCGCUAAACAAAAAUUAAAUGGCUUUUGCGUGUGUGUGUAUAAAUUAAAUAUAUGAGCUCGGAAAGGAGAAAGAAAGCUAGAGAAAGAAUGGACCAUUGUGUUUACAGGGGUACCUUUUAUGUCGACGAAACUCUAAACUGUUAACGAUAAUAAUUACAUAUUAUAAUUACUGAGUAAUCACGUGAAGAUCGUUUUAAUCGCUGAAAAAUUUUAUACGAUUUGGCCAUUAGGUGUUCAUCAAUAUUCGAGUGUGAGAAAGAGCAAAUGCAUCGUGAGGUGAUAGAUCAAUAAAAAAAACAUCGGAUCACUUGAAAGCCUCUCAAUUACACGAUUAAUGCGCGAAAACGCCUCUUUUUACGCUCUGCGAUCCAACCCUUAAGUCUCUUUGGUUGUUAUUAUUAUUUGGAUCUCUUUAUAUUUUAAGUAGAUACAAAAAUAACGAAAUACUCUUGUUCUUUUUUUCUAGAUAUUAAAUCCUUUUGUUCGUUUUUCUUUUCAAUUUAACAAUUCGUGUAUAUGACAGUAACGUCGAGGAGUUUAGCAGAUCAGACUUAGUUCACUGAAGUUUUAUUUUAUAUUCCAUCCAACACAAGUAUUCGCAGUAUUUUUUAUCCGUCUAAUUGUACAUUAUGCGUUAUAUAUACAGAAUAAAACUUUAUUUACAAGAUCAUAGCUUUAUCUUUUCUUUGCACUUGGUUUUCAAGCGAACAAAUACAUAGGCAUCUAAAUGAACAAUAGUCCAGAAGAAAAAAUGUAUAACUAAAUGGCGAAGUACAAAAAAAAAGUAAAGCACUGUUUACAAUAAUCUUAUCUUAGCAUGAAUUCACACGAAAAAAGGCUACAGCAUAAUAAUUGUAUAGAGCAAAAACAACAUUACGCAUUCGGUUGCGUUAGUACAAUUUAUUUUAUUAUAUUUAUACAUAGUUUGCGCAGUUGAAUCGUUUAUUAUGAUCUCAAAAUAGUGCUUGCACACGCAAAUACGAAAAAAAUAUAUCACCGACGUGCUGCGCGAAGUUAAAUGAAUUCUUCCGAUCGAAAAUCUGCCACGUGUAUGACAGGAAAUAAAAAUGAAAUGUUAUACAUUAUUGAGUGGUCAAAUUAAAAACAAAAAAGAAGUAAAGCGUUGAUGUUAGGCCGCCGCGAGCACAUAGAUAUAUAAGAAAUUUAUGAAAUGUACGACUUAUUACGUACAUUGGCAAUUGUAUUAUAGAAUUUAGUGUUCUUUUCGACGCGAACACGGAGAUUAGCGGAAACGUCUUUAUGUUCAUCUCUUUGAUAAUAAGUUAUGUUAUAACAUCAAGUGUUUAUAUGUUAUAACAUCAAGUGUUUAAUUUUAAAAUGUGUGUAGAUUAUAUAUACUUUCAAACAAUCAAAUGAUGUUUUAGUGAGUUUUUAUUUAACAAUUACUUGUAGAUGCGCGGCAUUUGUUAAAAGAAAGUUUACACCUUUUCAUGCCGAGCGUCGAAUUGUGAAAAUCAAAAUUUUAUUUUUUUAAGUGUACACACAGUCGCAUGAGACAAGGAAGAGUCCGUAAAGCUUUUCCUUCAUUGCGCAAUUUUAAUCCAAUCGUCCUCGAAAUCGCGAGUAUUCUUUAUUAAGGUGAUCCUAGAUCCCAUAAUAUGUAAUCAAAUUAUUUUUGUAAACUCCGUGAAAAACCUAGGCGCUGAAUUUAUUUAUUGACGUUAUUUAAUCGUACAUAAUUAUAGCGUAUAUGUCAUUUCUCUUGAUUUUGUGAGCUGAGCGCAAAGAUGUACCUGCUCACUAAUGCCAUUCUAUGACAGAAUAAUGCCGAUUCGUAUAAAACACUUAGAUGUAUAUGUGCAACAUCUUACAUAGUAUAUAAUAUAGACAUCACGUUAGACGAUUUAUUCUUAAAAAAGAAUCUGAAAUACACGCACAUAUAUUUAUGGGCUCGUAGCCACUUAACCGGGCGAAUGCUUGUAAACCAAUGCCUUCAUUUAGCGUAAAUGUCGACAGAUAACAAAGCAAAACAGAAAAAAGAUAAAAAUACAAAUAACAAAGCAAACUACGAUGAAAUUGUAACCUAGUGUAUAAGUGUUUCGAUGCAUAAAAAAGUACGUGUAUAAAUUGUAAAAUUGACAUAUAUUAGCAUGAAAGUGCGCUUUGCGCGACAAAAAAAGAGAAGACACAGACAACCAAGUUCAAAAUACUCUCUCCUGAAGGAUAACUCGUAGACAUUACAUAAUUAUGAAUAACAUAUUUCGAUAUUUAUAAGCAUGUGUAUUAUUUCUAUCGCAAACUUCUGCGCAGGAAGGUGCGCAGAGCAAAAAAAUCUACAAGUAUAUUUUCGAUCGCGAACCGCAAGCGGAUGCAUCAUCCCUCUGCAACAAAUUAGCCGGCGUUCGAUCGAUCGAGCUUAGUGUGUGUAUAAAAUAAAAAAAAUAAAUAAACAAAAUAAAAGUCGGGGACGAUCUCCAUUAGUACAUGGGGGUGGGCAUCCUCUCGGAUUCUGUAUUCUAUUAUAUAGAGAAAAAAAGUGUUCACGAUUAUUAUAACGACAAGAAAUGAUAACUGAAAAAAAAAACAAAUGAAAUAGUUGCGAUCGCGUAGCUUAUACGUACAUAGUUUAUUUAACAAACUGUUCAUUUAGUUAAUAAUCUUUACUAAAUGGUUACGUCAUUGAAUUCUAGGGCAAUUUUCGAAUGGAUCUCUCAGUGUUGAUAAAAGAAAAAAAAGAAGUAUCGAGGCUAUACAGAGUCGCUGUAGAGGGAACAUAAUAUAUAGAGAAGGGGAAUAAAUAAAAUUGGACGAAAGCGCAGCAUGUAUAAAAAAAAAACAAAAUCGAAGUAAAUCACACUUUACUUUGUCAAGACUAUAGCGUAUUUUUGUCAGCGCUACACUCAUAUGAUUCUCGGAUUCUUUCGACCAAAUAAAAGCAAAAGUCUAUCAUAGGGAAAUUUGCAAUAUUUUAAAUUUUGAAAAGUCUAUAUAUACAGCGCAACUGUUGAUGCGGCUGGGGAGAAGAGAAAACUAUUACUGUAGACGUGUAUAUGUAUAUGAGAGCGAGGAAAUAUGCAAAAAAUAAUAUGAUGUUACGUGUAUACCCAAGUCUGCGAUACCGAUACUCCACAGAGUGUAUCGCACGAUUGCGUAUAUCCAUAUGCAAAUGACUAAUUUGAAAAAGUAUAAAUAAAAAUGAAUUGCAUUGAGCGUGCAUGUGAUAUUAAUGCAAAAUUAUUGAGUGAAAAAUAAAUUAUUAAAAGCCAGGCAA